GUUGAGGAUUUAGGAAGCUGAAAACUGGAGAAGCUAAGAAUAUGUAUGGUGAGGAAGGUACAGGUUGUUAAGGGACGGAUCUAGAUUUAAGAAACUCCCGUGGGGGAACUUCCAGAAGCAGUUUUAGCUGGUCAAUCUGUGAGAUCAUAAUCUCAGCCUGCAGCCUGACUGCAACCUUGGAGCAAUCUUGAGCCUGAGGUCCUGAGCCAAGCUGUGUCUGGAACACUGACCUACAAAAACUGCGAGGUGAUACAGACAAAUAUCAUAUGAUAUCACUUAUAUGUGGAAUCUAAAAUAUGACACAAGAGAAACCCUUUUCAUGAAGAUGGCGCUGAAGGCGAAGAAGGAAGCCCCUGCCCCUCCUAAAGCUGAAGCCAAAGCAAAGGCUUUGAAGGCCAAGAAAGCAGUGUUGAAAGGUGUCCACAGCCACAAGAAAAAGCAGAUCCGGACGUCACCCACCUUCCGGGGGCCCAAAACACUGCGGCUCAGGAGGCAGCCCAGAUAUCCUCAGAAGAGCGCCCCCAGGAGAAACAAACUUGACCACUGUGCCAUCAUCAAACCCCCCCUCACCACUGAGUCAGCCAUGAAGAAAAUAGAAGACAACAACACACUGGUAUUCCUUGUGGAUGUCAAGGCCAACAAGCACCAAAUUAAACAGGCUGUGAAGAAGCUCUAUGACAUUGACGCGGCUAAGGUCAAUACUCUGAUCAGGCCUGAUGGAGAGAAGAAGGCAUACAUUCGACUGGCUCCUGACUAUGAUGCUUUGGGUGUUGCCAACAAAAUUGGGAUCAGCUAAACCGAGUCCAGCUGGCUAAUUCCAAAUAUAAAAGUUUUCACUUUGUAAAAAAAAAAAUAUAUAUAUAUAUAUAUAAAAUAUGACACAAAUGAAUUUGUCUAUGAAACAGAAAUAGACAGACUCACAGACAAAGAGAACAGACUUAUGAUUGCCAAGGGUGGGGUAAGGAAGGAUUGGGAGCUUGAGAUUAGGGGAUGAAAACUAUUAUGUAUAGAAUAGAUAAACAACAAGUUCCUAUUGUGUAGCACAGGGUACUAUAUUCAAUAUCCUAUCAUAAAUCUUAAUGGAAGAGAAUGUGUAUAUAUCUAUAACUGAAUCACUUUGCUGUACUGCAUACAUUAACACAACAUUGUAAAUCAACCAUACUUCAGUAAAAUUUUUAAAAAUAUGUCUCUUUUUUUAAGGUUAUAUUUUAGGGCAUAUAAAUAUUUAAUAUAUUAAAUAUAUAAUAUGCUAUAUAUUUAAGGUUCACAGCAAAAUUGAGGGGAAGGUACAGAGGUUUCCUACUGUUCUCUGAGGCCCUACACAUGCACAGCCUCCCCCACUGUCAACAUCUCUCAUCCAAGUUAUACAUUGGUUGUGGCUGAUGAACCUACACUGACACAUCUUAAUUACCCAAAGUUCAUAGUUUACAUUAAAGUUAAUCCAUAGUGCUAUACAUUCUGUGGGUUUAAAUAGAUGUAUAAGGACAUUUAUCCAUCAUUAUGGUCAGAUCCAUCUUUUGCAAAUAUUUUCCUCCCAUUUGUGACUUGUCUUAUUCUCUGGACAAUGUCAUGCAUCCAAUUUUCAAAGUGUUACUGUGAAUCAAUCACUGUAUUGGAAAUAAAAUACAAAAAUGAAUAAA